GUUUAAUCUGUGAAUUGCUAUCUUAUGCCAGAUUCUCCAUUGUGGCUUGUGCUGUUUUGGCACUACGAAAAGCCAUAAAUCAAAAGAAGAAAACUGGAAGGAACAGCUGUAAAUUAUAAUAUUCUGAUCCUUAACAUAUCUCUGAAAGUGUUUUCACCGACACGAUUAUACAAAUAAAACAACCGAAACCGCUUGACAGUGGCAAAGUACAUUGUGCUGUUUUGGCACUACGAAAGGCCAUAAAUCAAAAGAAGACUAUAUAAAUAAGAAGUUAUUGCACCGUGGUUUAAAUAUACCCAAUUUAAAAAGCUGGUGUAAUUUAGGAUACCAACACGCUAUGGCUGCAAAUGCACCUCCGAUGACUGCAACAGAUAGUUUGUCGCAAGCGGUGAAAGCAAAUAUAAUACACAAUCAGGAAUAUUUAUUGCAGGGUUCUGUUUUAGAUUCUGCUGUUGAAGUGCUGCUCCAUAGACUUCGUGGGCUCUGUGAUAAUGUGGAUGCUGGUCCAGAGACUUUUGAUGAUCAGGAGGUUUGCUUUAUAUUAAGGGAUCCUAAUCAGCAGGCCCUACCCUCCAUGUUACGAGUAAGAAAAGCUUUAGAUGCACGAGAUAUGCCUUAUCAGUUAAGGUAUAUUGGCCAAGCAGAUGGUGAAAAGAACAGGCCAACUGUUCUGAGGAGUGUUUUGGACAUUGCAUGCAGUGGGAUGCUGUUUGAAUUUCUCAAUGAGCUGGGUUGUAGAAUUGAAUACGAAUAUAGCGUUAAAGGGUACAUGUUCAGAAAGGGUCGGAUGAAGAUAACAGUUGCCAAGGUAUUCAAAAUACCACAGAGUUCUAUGGCCCCAGAACCAAUAUCACAAAGUUACCUUGUGGAAUUAUCGGUGCUGGCUCCUACGGGCCAAGAUGCAAUAGGAGAGGAUAUGCGAGCAUUUGCCGACCAGCUAAGGCCUCUAGUGCAACUAGACAAAAUAGAUUACAAGCGACUGAGCCACAUGGCAGUCACAUAGCAAAUGUUUCUUACUUAGGCAUCCUUUGUGCUUAUCACGAAUUAUUAUUGGUAGAUACAAAGGCUGGCUUGGUAAUGAAAUAAUCAAUAGGUGCAUUAAAACUCCGGUAAUUAUUAAUAGUAAAGAAAGUUUACUUAUCCUUAAUUCAUAAAAUACAAUAGUGUUAUGUGAAGUUAACAGUGAUGAAAUCAAUUUGAAAUAGUAAAAUGUGAAUGUACUGAGCUGCCAUGGUUUUAAGUUUUAAAUAAAAAUACUUAUCCAGCACAUUUACUGAAAUUUAAUUAAGACUUAAAUAAAAACUGUUUCAAGGAA